AUGGCUGCCAGCGUCUUGAAGUUGCCACUUCCCGCAGAAGGUUCUGAGAAGAUUGUGGUCAAGAAGACCUUCCUGGAAGUCGAGGAGGAUCUGACCCCACAAGGGCUGCCAGCGAGCUACAACUCCGAUUCCGUGGUUUGGGCACGCUUCACGCGACAGAUCAGCAGCUGCUCCGACAACUGUGAGGAUGGCCAGGCCCAACUGGGAGACGAGCCUGUGCAAGAAGAGGAGGAGCAGGACAGCAAGGAUGAAGCGGAGGGCUUCGACAAGACCUUGCCGAAGCUGCUCGGGAAUGUCUCCAUGAUGACUGUGUCCACUGAUGACAAGGACUCCUGUUCCUCCGCUUCCGAUGGCAGCCCUCCAAGUGCCACCGGGACCAGGCCCGACCUGGGUCCAGCACCCUCGGAGGAGGCUGUGGAUGAGGCGACUGCCAAGGCCAUGCACGCUGCAGCCGCUGCCCUGGAUGCUGCAGGAAUCUCCAGGCAAUCUCUGGACCAUCUGUUGAACCACCUGUCAACCUCCGUCCCGGCACCGCAGCCCGUGAAGCUGCUACCGGCCCUGCCUGCACCGGGGCCUCGCGCACCGCGCACGACGGUGAUGCUCCGGAAUUUACCCAACAACUAUACCCGGAACAUGGUGUGCACGAUGCUGGACAAGGAGGGCUUCAAAGGUUCGUACGACUUCAUGUACCUGCCCAUUGACUUCCGCUCAAAAGCAAACCUGGGCUAUGCCUUUAUCAAUCUGGUGGAUGAGCCCAAGGUUCAGCUGCUUUGGCAGAUCUUCGAUGGCUACACCAAAUGGGUUUUGCCCAGCGCGAAGGUCUGUUCAGUCAGCUGGAGCGGACCGCAUCAAGGACAGCAGGCGCACAUUGACCGCUACAGGGACAGCCCCAUCAUGCACGGCAGCGUUCCAGACGAGUUCAAGCCGGCAAUUUUCGCUCAAGGCCGAUGCCGCAGUUUCAGUUUUGUUGCCUGCCAGUUGCCGAUUCCGCUAUUGAAGGAGCCACCGCGUGCAAUUCAAAAAAACUGA